UUAGGACCCACUCAGCUCAGGACUAUGACUUCGGGCACUGUUUGUAUUGAACUUGUUUUGUGUUGUCUGGUUUGUACUAUGCGGGCUGCAGCUGUGGAUUAUGUGUUAACUGUCCGCGCCUCAAAUAACGCUUCUGGCUUUGACAGAAGACAAGCGGUUGUAAGUUGAUUAUUAUCUGUAUGAUUCCCCACGUUUAUAGCAGAGCAGUACAAAGGUCAUUACUGCAUAGUUUAUAUGACAGUAUCUAGUACAGUGACAGAAAUAGCGUAAUAUUCGUUUAGUCGUUACGUACGAAACAGCAUACAUUACUGCUACAAACGUUUUCUGAAAGAAAAUAUGGUACUAAAGAAGGCAGAUAAUAUAAAAUGCAAUGAGGACAUCGAAAGGGAAAGAAAGAAGUGUUCGUUCGAUCCUUUAGAAUUGACACAUCUUUUAGAUGGCGGUCCCGAGAAGACAAGGGAAAGAAAAGAACGAGAAUAUUACUUCCUAUCUGAGCCAGAACUUAGGGAUACAAUACCUCAGGAUUAUUUGAGCCACAAGGAGAAAUAUGAGGAGGCUGUGAGAAAAGCAUGUACAUUGUUCAGAAAAGUCACACAGCUGCGAGAUAAAGGAGGUGAUUUGGAAAUAUUCAGACAGACAUUGAGUGGCAUGCUGGGUAGUGCCAUUCUCAAGGAUGGAAACCCAUUUACCCUUCACUAUGUCAUGUUUCUUCCAACAAUUGUUGGACAGGGAACAGUGGAACAGCAAGCUGAAUGGAUGGGGAAAGCUUGGAACUGUGACAUUAUUGGAACAUAUGCUCAAACAGAACUUGGGCAUGGGACAUUCAUCAGAGGUUUGGAGACAACAGCACAUUAUGAUCCUAAAACACAGGAGUUCAUUCUCAACAGCCCCACUUUAACAUCCUACAAGUGGUGGCCGGGUGGAUUGGGCCAAACAGCAAAUUUUGCUGUGGUUGUUGCACAGCUCCAUACCAAAGGUGUCUGCCAUGGCAUCCACCCUUUCAUUGUUCAACUUCGGGAUGAGGAGACACACAAACCUAUGCCAGGUAUUAAAAUUGGUGAAAUUGGCACAAAACUAGGCAUGAAUGCAACAAAUAAUGGAUACCUAGGUUUUGACAAUGUCCGUAUCCCCCGUGAACACAUGCUCAUGAAGAAUGCUCAGGUUCUGGAGGAUGGAACCUAUGUAAAGUCUCCAAGUGAUAAACUCACAUAUGGAACCAUGAUGUUUGUAAGAGUCAUUAUUCUUCAAGAUAUGGCUGGUUACCUCUCUAAAGCUACUACGAUAGCAGUUCGGUAUAGUGCAGUGCGGAGACAGUCUGAACUGAAGCCAGGUGAACCAGAACCACAGAUUAUUGACUAUCUCACACAGCAGUAUAAGUUGUUCCCCAACCUGGCAGCGUGCUUUGCCCUCCGAUUCAACGCCACCUGGUUGUGGAACAUGUACAACUGUGUUACAGCUGAGCUUGAAGAGGGAGAUUUGGAUAGACUGCCAGAGCUCCAUGCACUUUCCUGCUGCAUGAAGGCAGUUUGCACAGCAGAUGCUGCCCAGGGUGUGGAGACAUGUCGUCUUUCCUGUGGAGGUCAUGGCUAUAUGACCUGCAGCAGUAUGCCCUCUAUAUAUGGACUUGUCACAGCAGCAUCCACCUAUGAGGGAGAGAACACAGUGCUGCUGCUUCAAACUGCCCGAUAUCUCAUGAAGGCAUGGCAACAGGCUGUAGGAGGCAUGACUAUGACCCCCACUGUGGCAUACCUCAAGCAGGCAGUCUCGGGAAAUAAUGGUCCAUGGUCCUGGGAGAAUACAACAGCUUGUAUCAUUAGGGCUUAUCAACAAGUAGCAGCAGGAAAAAUCAAAAUGUGUGCUGAGAACAUGGAUAAGAGGAUCCGAGGAGGCAUCUGUCCUGAGGAUGCAUGGAAUAUGACAUCAGUGGAACUUGCUCAGUGUGCUGAAGCUCAUGCCCGUGCCAUUAUGGUGGACAAGUUUGUUGAGAGUGUGUUGGAGCUGAAUGUAUCCCCUGCUCUCAAGACAGUGCUGACCCAACUGAGUGAACUUUAUGCUGUCUACUGGCUUCUUCAGAAAUCUGGAGACUUUCUUAUGUUUUCAGACGUAACAGCACAAGACAUUGCCAGUCUCCAGAAAUGGAUGGAGGUUCUACUAUCUGAGAUUCGACCAAAUGCGGUUGGAAUUGUUGAUGGUUUUGAUAUCUGUGAUGAGAUUUUGUCAUCAGCACUUGGCUCAUAUGAUGGAAGGGUCUAUGAGCGUUUGUUUGAAGAAGCCUCCAAGAGCCCCCUGAAUAAGGAGCCUGUCAAUGUAUCCUUCCACAAGUACCUAAAGCCCUUUUUGAAGGCCAGUCUCUAAGAGAUUAGUUUCUUAGACAAUUUUGUUUGGAACCUAGAGUAAUGCUGAGUGCCUUUCCAAAUUUUGUUUCACUAAAGAAUUAGUGUAUUACCAAUAAAACCGGUAAGGGAAGCUAAAUAUAUGAAAGUAUUAACACAAUGAACUUAUGAGAAAAUAGUACUUAGAUCAUGUGGUGACAUAACAUUACUCAGUAUAAUUUAUUUGCAAGUCAUUUAUUUUUAAAAAAUAUUUUAUAGAUACUUGGUACAAGAUUUCUGCUGGACAGCUAGAGGCUUGUCACACAUUUCUCUUCAGUGUUCACACUGAAUGCUGUAUGCAUGUUGUGUGGUUCAAAAUUUACAGCUGAAAUGAGAACAAAAUUAUGGUGUAAGUUUUUCUUUUCCUGACCAAUCAGUUUAAUGUCCUCUCUUUCUGUUGGCUGUUGUAACAGUCAUUUAACUUCUAAUGCAGUAAGCAUGGGUAGGCUUUAAAGCAACUUGUUCCCUUUAAGAGUCUGUAGUUGCUGUGCUGACACAAUGUUAGUGAACACAGCAUAGCAAGUUCAAGUCAUUUCACAGCUAGAAACUUUGAAAUAGACUGCAAAAACUGACAGUCCAUCUUCCUUCAGAAAAAGGUUACCAAAAUUAGAAAAUCUGGAGGUUAAAAAAAAACAACUGAAAGACCUGGGCCUAGAUUGGCAGAUACUAAUGCAUUGGAUAUUAAAGAAAGAGUGUGUUAUGGUGUGGAUUGGAUUCAUCUUGCUCAGGAUAGGGGCUAGUGAUGGGCUGUUGUGAACGUGGUAAUCAACCUUCAUAUUAUGUAAAAGAUGCAUACUAAUCUUAGCUUACAUGAUGGUUUUGGUUGAUCUAGAUGUAUCUUUACUAAUCCCUCAGAUAGCCAAGGUCAGGUGACGCGUGGAGUAGGAUACUCCCACUGCUAGAAGAUGUAGUUUCUAAAUCCAUUUAUGUGUGGUGCACACACAUAGCAAGAGGUGUCCUUUUUCUUCAACCUUUUCACUGCUGAGUAAAUAAAGCCUAGUGUAACACCCCUGUGCUAAAUUACUUUUGUAAUACUUAUUUUUUAAAAUAAAAGGAAAUCAAGUAGAAAUCUUAACAGUACAUGCAUACUAAUCUUAUCUUACAUGAUGGUUUUGGUUGAUCUAGAUGUAUCUUUACUAAUCCCUUAGCCAAGGUCAGGUGACAUGUAGAGUACGAUACUCCCACUGCUAGAAGCUGUAGUUUCUAAAUCCCUUUAUGUGUGGCAUACACACAUAGCUAGAGGUGUGCCUUGUAGUUCAUUAUGUUCACAAUACAUGAAGUAUAUGCCUGGCAAAUUUGAACACAUUCAGAAAAUUAAAAAAAUGACAUUCCAAAAUAUAUGUAAACAUAUAGUAAGCAGAAUAACUGAUUAACCUCAUGGAUAUAAUGGAUAAGCCUAAGUAGUAAAUAAGUAAAUUAUAAAGGUGUCAGAACUUGUUAAUACUAAUUCAAAGUCUAAAGAUUGUACAAAUACAGAACAUAAGACUAAAGAGAGCAAAUCCAUCUGUUGGCUAGGAAGGCAACUCUUGUAAGAUUUGAAGGCUGGAUGGGCAGAGGAGCCUGCCCUCUUUUUGUAUUAUAACAACAACAACAACAACAACAGUAAUAAUAAUAAUUGGAAAGUUAUUUUGGAUGAUACAUGUUUAUACAGCUCUCACCUUUGAGAAUACAGGUGCAGCAAGGAUGCCACAUUGAGCCAUGUCUGUAGUAUCAAGAGCUCAGCAGUGUAAAGGUUAAUUAUCUCUAAAAGUGCAAGACGUAUGAAGAAAGUUUAUAGCAUAUAGAAUGGUGUUUUAUUCUUCUCAACAACAUUCAUUCUAAACAUUUUUCUCUUGAUGUUUAGCAAGAUACAUGCAGAAAUGCAAGUAAAUGCAUGUGAAGUCAUCAUUAAAUAUGUUGAGUCAAAACUGAAGUUGAAAUAGCUUGACAGUGUCAUAAAAUUCUCCAGUAUUAAACUUAAUGGAAAUCCAUCUGGUAUUUUUCAGUUUUUAUGGAUUGAUUGAGGAACAUUUAGGCACUCCUCGGAGUUCUAUGUAGUUGUGCACAGUUUGUACAUCCCAAAUUUUAAAUAUUCCACUUCAGAAUUUUAACAAGACAUUCCAAGAAGACUCAUAAAGCUUACUUUCCCGUUACAUAGUUCUACAAAUCUGUUGUUAAUAUUACUGUUCUUUUAUUAUGUUUUUUUAUGAAGAACUCAUUACUUAGGAACAGAUUUUAUAUACAUUCAAAGAGCUCAUAAGAUUCUGGUGCUGAAAGGGCUAAAGGACUGAGGAAACCGUAGGUUAUACAUAUAAGGCAGCUGAAGUAGACAGAACAGAGAUAUGAGAUAAUCUGAUCUUGCAUAUUACAAAUUUUAUUUAUGUUGGUCAGUGCAAAUGAAUUUCAGGUUCUUAUGAAUUACUAAUUUGAAUAGCAAAGUGUAAACCCUGCAUUGUCAGGCGAGAUUUUAACAAAGCUCAGCACAUAACCACUAAACUUGAAAAUAUAUUAAUAAUGUUAAUUUCAGUGUUACUAAUGAUACAUAAUUAUAGUUUUAACUGUAUCAGAAUAUUUGAAGUUCUUUAUUGCAUUCGAGCAGUAAUUUCUAGUUUCUACAGAUAUACAUUUUUACACUGAAGUCUUCCCAUGUGACUGACUUGUUACUCAUUUCACUGGUCCCUGAUGGUGCAGACGGAAUGUCUCCAAAACAUCACUAUUUUAUUCCAUUUUGACUGCAUAGUCCUUCAAGAAGACUUCACUUCGUUGGGCCACUGUGAGAAUGUUUUCAUUGUGUGUGUGUACAUGCACAUGCACACACUUCUUACACUGAUUACAGUGUUCUUAUUUUGUAACUCACAUAAUUUUAAGUUAAGUUUUACAUAACCUGUAAGUAGUGAUGUCUGAACAUAUGCAGUAUAUUUUUGUGUGUCUAUAUAAACUGUAUACUAUUCAGAUUGUAAAAUACAGUAUAUUUAUAAAUCAUUUGUCGUAAAAAUUCUUGAGAUUAUACAGUAUUUACAGACAGUAUGAAUGGUAUGAAAUUUAUAAAUUGUCUGUAGUAAUAGUUUUCAAAUAAGUGACAUUUUGCUGUUUUGUUGAGAUUAUAAGAUAGUGAGGUUGAAAUAGUUUUAUUAAUUUUGUAUGGUGUGUACUGCAUUUCAAAAUCUGUU